AUAAUCAUUCAUUAGUAGAGUUUUAAGUAGUAGUUAAUUUAGUCGGAAUAAAUAAAAUGUUAAAUUUAGUAAAAUGUUUAUUUAUUAGUAUUAUAUUAUGUUUAUAUAUAUCAUAUACAUUAGCUUCUAAUGGAGAUCGUACCGGUUUCUUUAAUCAUUGUCGCCAAAAUUGCGAAAGACAAAACUGUUCGGCAGAUGGUAUAGAUAUUCAAGAACAAGCCAUAAAGUAUUAUCAACAGACUGUAUUCGAUAGAUUAUUACAAUGGUCUUGUGUCGAUGAAUGCCAGUAUGGAUGUAUGUGGCGUACUGUUGAGGCUUUCCGGGAUAGAGGAUGGCCAAUACCACAGUUUUAUGGCAAAUGGCCUUUUGUACGCUUUUUGGGUUUACAGGAGCCGGCCUCGGUAUUGUUUUCCAUUUUCAAUAUAAUUGCUCAUUUACGUAAUUUACGAAAAUUUCGUAAAAAUGUUCGUCCAGAUAGUCCUUGUUAUAAGUUAUGGCAUGUUUUUACAGCGGUAUCUCUUAAUGCUUGGAUAUGGUCAGUUGUUUUCCAUGCACGGGAUUUUCCUCUGACAGAACUAUUAGAUUAUGUUUUUGCCUAUUCCAUGGUUUUGACUACACUAUAUUGUAUGGUGAUGAGGAUGUUACAUCAAUAUUCCUGGCUUUUAAGAGCUCUUAUAUCGUUGGGCUUUUUAGCGUAUUAUAUUAACUAUUUCGCCUAUAUAAGUGUGGGACAAUUUAGUUAUUCCUUAAAUAUGACCACCAAUAUAGUAACAGGUGUUCUAAGUGCUAUGGGCUGGUUUUUGUGGUCCUUUAAAGUACGCAAACAACGUCCCUAUUAUCGUAAAAUCUUGGGUUUCUAUUUACUAUUGGGUUUUAGUAUGAGCCUAGAACUUUUAGAUUUUCCACCCAUAAUGUGGAUAUUGGAUGCUCAUGCUUUAUGGCAUUUGGCUACAACAUUUAUAACUUCAUUAUUGUAUAGUUUUGCCAUUGACGAUUGUCAAAUGUUGCGCAAAGAAAAAUAUUAUGAAUUAGGAGCUUUUAAUAAGGAAAUUUAAGCGUAAUUUAAUUAUUGUCAUUUUACUGCUCACUAUUUAUAUUUUCAUUAGGUAUGUACUUUUU